AUGUCGGUCAAUGCUGCUCAGACGGGUGGUGACGCGGAGAAGAACAUUCAAGAACAAGAGGUCGAUGUUGAGAAGAACAACUACGAUGCCAACGUGGCUGAUGAAGAGCCCGAAUACAUCAAUGCUCACCAAAGUGUCGGUCUAGCGGUCAUCGAGCAACAGACCAUCAUCCCGACGACCGGCGCAAGAAAGGUCACAACCAAGAAAGAGUAUUGGGCUUAUGUGCUAUGGUUUGUCCUUGGUCAAGGUGUCGGUGUCGGCAACUAUGGUAGUGCUGUGCAACAAGCGUUGUUAAACCAGGCAUUUCCAAGUGGUUUCGUCGAAUGGGGCGGCAGAUAUCUGCCUCUGAACUCGAUGAUCCUAGACCUUACGGGAAUACUCUUCGCUGUCCAAGUAGUCUGCUUGGUCCUGAUUGGACCUUACGCUGAUUACGGCAACUGGCGACCAUAUAUCCUUCAAUUCUUCACAUUCAUCCUCUGUGCCACCACACUCGGCUUCGCAGGUCUCAAGAAUGGCUCAGAUUGGCAAGUCGCCAAUUUCCUAUACAUCUUGGGGUCUGUAGCUUUGAAUGUUGCGAACAGCUUCUACUUCGCAAUCUUCCCGGGGCUAGUGCGCGACCUGCCAAAGAUGAUUGAGUCGGAACAAGCCGUCCUAAAUGGUACUCGACGACCGGAAGAACAUGCCAGAUUAGACAUGCUCGAGAGAUCCAAGCUGUACAAUAUCACGAACAUCGUCAGUAGUGCCAUCUGCCUCGUUCUCCUUGGCAUGGCUACAGGGGUAGCAUACAAGAUCGGGACUGCGACGCAGGAGCAACUCGAUCUGGGAUACAGAGUCCUUGUCGGAACUUUUGGCGCCGUCAAUGUCAUUUGCUGUAUCCCUUGGUUCGUAUACGAACAGUACAGACCGGGUCAACAGCUGCCAAAGAAUACCAACUUCUUGUCCGCUGGUCCGAAACAAUUGUGGCAAGCUGCAAAGUAUGCUAAAGGGCUCAAACAAUCCAUCAUUUACCUCGUCGCGUUUUUCAUUCUACAGGAUGUCCUCGGCACGGCUGGUACAGUCGUCGGUAUUCUUCAGAACAAAACCAUCAACUUCAGCACGAUGGGCUUUUCGGGCCUUACUCUGAUCCUGUACUUGGGCGGAGGAGGCGGGACAAUCAUUGCAAAUUGGAUCCAACAACGAUGGAAGAUUUCCGUCAAGACGAUGUUGAUCAUCGGUGUGGUCUUCCAGCUACUCCCGCUUGUAUGGGGCAUGAUUGGCAAUUGGACAACCAAGGUUGGAUUCCACCACACCUGGGAGUUCUGGGCGAACAGCUGCUACAAUGUCACAGGAGGCUUCUGGGGCAGCUACAGUAUUAUCAUGAUCACCGAAGUUGUGCCCGCACCUAAGAUGUACCUCUUCAUGGCCCUCUUCAACUGCGUCGGUAAGACAUCCGCAUUCAUUGGGCCUUUCAUCGGUUCGGCGAUCAUUGCGAGAGCAGGAGGCAAUACCAACGCCGCCUACUAUUUCCUACUUCCAUUCGCUCUGGUAGGUUUUGGUGCUCUGCUCAUGAUCAACACGGACCAAGCAAAAAUCGACAACGCUCUUUUCCUCGAAGCCGAAUCUCAAGACCUGUACGAACACACAGCUCAGAUGGAAAAGGACAUCCCGGUCGUCCAGGUUGCCCCCAUGAUUGUGCAUUGA